CCUUAAGACUUACACCAUUCUUGUGGAUUCUCUCUAUCUUUUAGGAAAAGUUGAUGAUGCUCUGUGUUACUUUGAGGAACUAAAGCAGAGUGGUCUUAGUCUUAAUAUAGUUUGUUAUAAACUUUUGAUUAAUGCACUUGGAAGAUCACUGAGGGUAGAAGAAGCUUUAUCACUCUACAAUGAAAUGCUGAGCAGAGGAAUUUGUCCUGAUCGUUACACAUACAACUCACUAAUACUCAGUCUUGGGAUUGCGGGAAUGGUGGAGCAAGCAGUUUGUUUGUAUGAAGAACUACAGCUUAAGGGUUUUGAAGCUGAUGUUUUCACCUACAAUGCUCUCAUUCGAGCCUACAUCACGUCAGGGAAUACAGAUCAUGCUUUUGCAGUUUACAAGAAAAUGAUAGUUGUUGGCUGCGGCCCGAAUGUGGGAACGUUUGUACAACUUUCUAAUCAAACUCCCAGUAUUUUUUCAUAAGACCAUCUUAGAAAAGUUUUUUCCCUUGAGGUGUCCUUUCGUUGCUCGCAUAACUGAUGCAGAGGUAAAUGAACUUUUUGGUGGAUAAACUACAGCUCAAUUUAUGCAGAGUCAAUGGAGAGAUCCAAGAGUUGGAAGUCUUCCGUCUGCUGAGUUUAUCUGAGAGAGUUGUGGCUAUGUCAUUGGACAAUGACUAUUUCUCAAGACAUGGUGGCUGGGGAUUGCCUUUAAUGGUGGUUGGCGAGUAGACACGGUUUGCCCAUUGCUGUACAGUUGAGAAUCUAUUUGCCUAUUUCCCAAGGGUGUUUUUAUACUUUUUCCUCUUGGUUAUUACAUCAAGGAUUAUAGCAGCUAUGGCCAUUAUUUGUGGUAUAUUUUCUUAACUAAGCCAUUGUUGUUAUUGUUGGUUUGAACAUUAUACAGAAUGAAGAUAAAUGAUUGCUAAUCAAGCUGCUUGUUAUGAGAUCUCUCUCUCUAUUAUUGUACUGCAAAGAUGCAUCCCUUGCAGGAAGUGGAAAAAAGAAAUAGUGGAUGCAAGAGUUGUUAUUUUUAUUUUCUUGUACUUAAAAAUUUCAACUUUGGCUAGGCUUCCUCAAAUUUUCAGUUUUAAAGCUUGAAGAAAUAAACAUGGCUCUGAUAUGCAUCCCUUUCUUUGUUACAUUAUUUACUUAGUAGAGAAAUGUGCUGUGCACAACUGUAUUAUAUAGUAUAUUAGUUAUAUUAUAUUAUGUGGAUAAUAUUAAAGUGAGUUUGAUUGACCUAUUUAUUUAUUGGGUGCCCAUCAUCACAUAUGAAAUUGGAGUUGAAACAGAGGCGGCGGGGCUUAGUUUUGACCAUUUAUGGCUUCACCAUCCCAUUUCCAAGAAAUUGCUAUAGUUCUUAUGGGAGUCAGUGGAGCCGGAAAAUCUACAAUAGGCGAGAUGCUGGCAAAGAAGACAAAUUUCAUCUUCAUUGAUGCAGAUGAUUUCCAUCCCAAUUCAAACAAAGAAAAGAUGAAGAAUGGGAUCCCUCUUUCAGAAGAAGAUAGAGUCCCAUGGCUUGAAACACUUCGAAAUGUCUUAAGACAAUGUUUAGAAGAUAAGAAAAGCGUAAUUCUCGGUUGUUCGGCGCUGCAAAAGCAAUAUAGGGAGAUUCUUAGAUCGGCUGAUCCGAACUAUGUGCCACAAAGCUAUGUCAGCAGCACUGUCAAGUUUGUUCUGUUGGAUGCUACGGCUGAGGUGCUUGCGGCACGGUUAGAGAAGAGAGCUGCCCAAGGAAAGCAUUUCAUGCCCUCUACCCUUUUAAAAUCACAGUUGGAGUUGCUUCAGAUUGAUGAUUUUGAGAGUAUAUCAAAGGUAGAUGCCACUCUCACCCCUCAAAUUAUUGUAGAUACCAUUCAAACACUCAUAUUAUGAAGAGAUUAAUUUCUUUAACUUGGAGAAAUAACUGUGUUUGGUAUUGAUAUGGAUUGUUCAACAGUGCAAGGAAUCUUACCAUUACAUAUUGACCAUUGUGGUAGUAUUUUCUGCAUCAUAUAUAUCUUGAUUUUCAUAUUUAAACAAUAAUACUUGGGUCCAAUAUCUUAUGAGCAAGUAUUUAUUAGAGUUGUUGAGUUUAUUUUGUUCUUCAUUUAGAAGGCAACAAAACUAAAUUACGAUACUCUGCAAUAGCCCAAAUUGGAAAGAUAUUCCUAUA